AUGGCUGGAGAUGGAAGUGCUGCGAGAAUGCGAGUGGUGGUGGUGUCACUCCCCGCACAGGGACACCUCAAUCAGCUCCUUCAUUUCGCCAGAGUCAUCGCCGAAAGAGGAGCAAGCGUAUCGUUCGUGGCCACCUCCACCCAUAUUCACCAAGUCCGCCGCCGUGUUCAGGGAUGGGAUCUUCACAACUUCGAUAUUCGUUUCGAGGAAUUGCCCAUGCCUCAUCUCACGGGUGGAGAGUUCGAUUCUCAGAGUUCUCAUAUGUUUCCAAUUCAUUUGAUUCCUCUGUUUGAAGCCGUGGAAGAUCAGCUAGAGUCUCAUGUUGAUCAGCUACUAAGCAAUAUCUGCUCCGAGAACAAUAAUAAAGUGGUUCUAGUCUAUGACGCGGCUAUGGGAUGGGUUCAGACUGUGGCUACCAAAUAUUCAGUCCCUGCGUAUGUGUUCAGACCCACAGGUGCUUAUUUUUACCUUUGGAUGAAGCGGGUAUGUGAUGAGACAUGGGGUUUGUCCCCGGUUAACAUAUCAUUGAAGCGUUGCAUUCCGCAAAGAUUGGUAAAAUAUUCUAUGCGCCAAAGGUCACUUUUAGGGCAUGCCAAGGGAGAGAUCAUAAACACAUUUAGUGCACUGGAAUCGCAAUUCGUUCACCAGGGAAAAGGGGAAUUAGUCUUCGGCGGAAAGCCUGUGUGGAGUGUCGGUCCUCUUCUUCCGCAGGCUUUCUUCAAUGACGAUCAACGGUUGCGAUUACAGGCGGACAUAGAGUGCAUGAAAUGGUUAGAUACACAGGCUCCGGCGUCCGUUCUCUACGUUUCAUUUGGCAGUGUGUCUUCUCUUUCCGCGACACAGAUUGGAGAACUAGCAGACGGAUUGGAACGCAGCGAUCAGCCUUUCUUGUGGGUGCUCAGGAUUUCCGAUGGGGCCCAUUCCUCGACAGAAGCGCAGUUCGAUUCGGCUUGCAAGUUUCUGCAACAAGGGUACGAGAGGCGAUUAAAGGGACGGGGUUUUAUUGUGAGGAAUUGGGCUCCUCAGCUUGACAUCCUAUUUCACAAGUCGACGGGUGGGUUUUUAACGCACUGCGGUUGGAAUUCAACAGUGGAGAGCAUCAGCGCCGGAGUGGCCAUGCUGACGUGGCCUCUACAUUCGGAUCAGUUUGCCAACUCGGCUCUAAUCACAGGGGCGCUGAAAGCGGGCGUAGAAGUGAAAGAAUGGGGAAAUGCAGAGGAAAAUGAGCUGGUGAGUGCUGAGGAGGUUGAGAAAGCAGUAAAACGGUUGAUGACAAGUGAGGAGGGAAUGCGAGUGAGAAAGAUAGCGCAGGAAUUGAGAGGCGAGGCUCGUAAGGCCGUAGAUGAUGGAGGGUCUUCGUGGAAGGAUAUGGAUUCUCUUCUCCAUCACUUCUCUCAAUCCUUUUCAGAUUAG